AAAUAUACCUGUGAUUUUGUAAUUACCAUUACAUUUUUCAACUUCAAGUAUUCAUACCUCAUUUAAUAUACUACAAAGCCGAAAGAUGUUCGCCAAUCCCUUUUUUAAAACGCUUUUAAAAAGAGUGUCUUUAUAUCCAACUCCUAAACGGUGGCUGGGCUCUGUGGUUAGAACACUUGAUAAACUGCCACAGACGUCAAUGGAGAUAAAAAAUGGACAGAAAGUUCAACCGACUUUUUCUGCAGCAGAGAUGAACCGUCGUCAUGACAAACUACGUCAUUACAUGGAGACGGCUGGUCUUGACGCAUGCGUCUUCACGUCGUAUCAUAACGUUUAUUACUUUAGUGAUUUUCUUUACUGUAAAUUGGGCAGAAAUUACGCUUACAUAGUGACACCUGAGAGAGCAACAAUCGUUUCGUCGUUGGUUGAUUACGGCCAACCAUGGCGACGAGCAUUUGGCGACACGAUCUGUUAUACAGACUGGCACGAAGAUAGUUUUUUCACCGCAGUCAAGCAGAAGCUUGGUGAUGCAAAACACAUUGGACUUGAACUUGAUUUCGUCCCAUUCUACGAAUACAAAAAAUUCUCAGAGUUGCUGCCUAAUGCAAAAUUUGCGGAUGUUGGUGUGCCUACAAUGCGCAUGCGCAUGAUUAAAUCCGACGAAGAAAUUGCAUUGAUAAAAGAAGGAGCAAGGAUAGCUGACAUCGGCGGUGAAGCAAUGAAGAAGAUAAUACGAGAGGGCGUUCGUGAAUACGAGGUUGUCUCAAUAGGAAUUGAUGUUGUGGUUCAAGAGAUCGCAAAAACAUAUCCGCAUCAGGAACUGAGAGAUACUUGGGUAUUGUUGCAAUCUGGAAUAAACUCGGAUGGCGCUCACAAUCCCCCAACUAACCGUCAACUACAGAACGGAGACAUUAUGAUUAUGAAUUGUUUUCCAAUGCCUGCUGGUUACCAUUCCGCGCUUGAGCGCACCUUAUUUCUAGACCACGUACCCAGUGAUCGCCACAUGGAAGUGUGGGAGGUAAAUUGUAAGGUGUAUCGCCGAGGAUUGGAACUGAUAAAGCCUGGGGCGAGAUGUUGCGACAUUGCAGAGGAACUGAACGAAAUGUUUCUGGAGCAUGACCUUCUUAAAUACCGUACAUUUGGAUACGGCCAUUCGUUUGGCGUGCUAUCACACUAUUACGGUCGUGAGGCUGGGUUGGAGUUACGUGAGAAUGUCGACACAGUCCUAGAGCCAAACAUGGUUCUCUCCAUGGAGCCUCACCUCACAAUACCACAAGGAGAACCUGGGGCAGGUGGUUAUCGAGAACAUGACGUAUUGAUUAUACGUGAAGACUGCAGCGAGAAUAUUACGAACUUUCCAGUUGGUCCUGACUAUAAUAUUGUUAAGAACUGAUUUUAAGAAAUUUG